UGAACAUGGAAAUCUUUCUGUGAAUUUCUUAUUUUUCUUUUUGAGAACUUCACCGUAGGCACGAUAUCUUCAAGGUCGACUGGAGAGGUACUUUCAUUAAUAAAGUUCUUCACGGUCUCAUUAGUCACAUUCCCUGCUCCCCACCAACAGCUUGAUAUCCAUCUGGCGCAUUUCCCCCACUACAACAGAGCUUCAUAUCCGGCGCAUUGCCUGGUCUGGUGACAAUGGCAGCAUACAAGCUCUCUGCCUCUCUAUCUGGUCAUGAUGAUGAUGUCCGUGGCGUAGCAUUUCCAACAUCAAAAGCUGUCCUUUCGGCUUCUCGAGAUGGCACGGUCAGAUUAUGGAAACUCACCUCCGAAAACCACCCUGUUUACGAUGACACCAUCUCCUCUCACGCCGGCGCAUGGAUGAACACAGUGGCAUACCUCCCGCCGAAUGCUGAAUACCCCGAAGGUUUGAUUGUUUCUAGUGGCAAGGAUGUGGUCAUUGAUGUUCGACAACCUUCAAGAGCAGCAGAAGAUAACGCAGAAGCCCUUUUGCUAGGACAUAGUAGGGACGUGUGUGCUUUGGAUAUCGACCAAGAAGGCAAAUAUAUUGUCAGUGGCUCAUGGGAUCAUGAUGCUCGAAUAUGGCCUAUUGGGAAGUGGGAAUCUGAUAUAGUGCUGAGAGGACAUGAGGGAACUGUUUGGGCGGUUCUUGCUUAUGAUCCAGAGAAGAUCAUUACUGGUUGCGCUGACCAAAAGAUUCGAUUAUUCCACAAGUCCGGCAAGCUUCUCAAUACAUUUCAGGCCAGCAGAGGUCCGAUUCGAGCACUAUGUCGAGUACCCAAAGGUCAUCCCUCAGGGGCAGAUUUCGCUUCUGCAGAUAACGAGGGUAUUAUUCGACUGUGGUCGAUAUCUGGGAAGCAGAUUGCAGAGCUACACGGACACGAGAGUUUCAUCUAUUCUCUGGCGGCUCUUCCAACUGGUGAGCUGGCCAGUUCUGGAGAGGAUCGUACAGUGAGGAUAUGGAAAGGAACCGAGUGCAUACAAACGAUUACGCAUCCUGCGAUUUCCGUUUGGGGUGUGGCUGUUUGUGCGGAGAAUGGAGAUAUCGUCUCUGGAGCAAGUGACAAAGUGGUUAGGGUGUUUACACGAAGUGAGGAAAGAGUGGCAGCUGCUGAAACAGUAGCACAAUUCGAUGAAGCUGUCAAGGGAUCUUCGAUACCUCAACAGACAGUAUCUGUGAACAAGGAGAAUUUACCUGGGCCACAAUUUUUGACACAAAAAUCCGGGACCAAGGAUGGACAGGUUCAGAUGAUUAAGGAGUUGAAUGGGGCAGUUACGGCGCAUACAUGGUCUGCUGCUGAAAACCAAUGGAUCAAUGUUGGAACUGUCGUUGAUGCCGUUGGUAGCAGUGGGAAGAAGGUCGACUAUCUCGGACAAGAAUACGACUUUGUGUUUGAUGUGGAUAUCGAGGAUGGGAAGCCACCGUUGAAGUUACCCUACAACUUGGCUUCAAAUCCAUAUGAAGCAGCGACAAAGUUCAUUCAAGAUAAUGAGCUGCCGAUUACGUAUCUUGAUCAGGUUGCGAAUUUCAUUACCACGAAUACGCAAGGUGCCACAGUUGGUCCAGCAGCCCCAGCUCCAACUGGACCGGAUCCAUGGGGAAGUGAGAAUCGAUAUCGACCAGGAGAAACGAACGCACCAAGUGUGACAGCUCCUCCAAAGAUCUUACCCCAGAAGGAUUAUUUGAAUAUUCUUGUUGCAAGAAUCCCAGCGAUGCAAAAGAAGAUCACGGAACUGAACCAGGCCUUACUCGCAGAAGGUCGCAAGGAUAUUUCGAUGAACCCGACAGAGCUUACUGUUCUCUCUAAUUUAUGCAAGCAUCUUGAGACCGUUGGUGCGACCAAGACAUCGCAAUCUGUAAGAGGAGGAUUAGAUCUAGCUAUCAAAUUGGCUAUUGAAUGGCCAUACAAAGACCGGCUACCUGGACUUGAUCUUCUUCGUCUUUUGGUCGUUGCACCAGAUACUGCUACAUUUACGCAUUCAGGAGGCGCCAAUAUCGUGGAUAUCCUCGAAGUUGGAGCGACAGAGACGGAAACUCCUGCCGAGAACCAUGUCAUGAUGGCUGUUCGAGCAUUUGCCAACUUAUUCGAAUCGAUGGAAGGUCGACAGCUUGCCGUUCGAGAGUUCGACAAGAUCCAGAAGGUUAUUACAGCAUCGAUAGCCAAUAGCACCAAUCGAAACCUUCUCGUUGCAGCAAGCACCGUUUAUAUCAACUACUCCGUCUACUUCAAGUCUGAGGGUGAUAAGACUUCGUUUGAGCAUGUUCUGGCUGUGCUAGAUAUCCUUGGCAAGAUUCUGUCGACUCAGACUGAUUCUGAGGCUGUUUAUAGAGCUUUGGUGGCUACUGGGACUCUUCUUACUCUGGAUGAUGAGAUUAAGAGUGCGGCGAAGGAUGUCUAUGGAAUUGAGAAGAGUGUUUCGACUGCGGUGGGUAAGGCUAUGGAUCCUAGGAUCAAGAAUUUAGCAGGAGAGAUCAGGGGACUAUUGAAGUGAUGAAGAGAUGAACGAAACGAAGCAUUUGGCGGUUCUCAAAAGCAGCAUAGCAUAGCUUGCACAUGAAACUGUUUAGAUUUCUGAUUUAGUCUCAAUUCAUGAUGUGAC